AUGGAAGAUAGGGAUGAUGUGCUCUACUCCGGCCCGUAUACUAUUAAUAAUAGACCUGUGAUUACCCGAGCAUGGUCACCUAAUUUUAGUUUCAAAAAUGAAGUGUUGAGGACAAUUCCCUUGUGGAUAAGACUACCUAACUUACCCAUGAACUGCUGGGGAACUGAGAUACUGAGCAGGAUAGGUAGUGUGUUAGGUUGCCCACUCUAUGCUGAUGCUUGUACUACAGAACUAGAAAGGGUGUCCUAUGCAAGGAUCCUAGUAGAAAUGGAUGUUAACAGGGAGAUGCCAAUGACUGUCAAAGUGCAAGAUCCUAGUGGUAAAAUGAUGAACAAGCUAUUGAGUAUGAUUGGAGACCAAUCUAUUGUCCUAAGUGUCUGA